UUGUUGAAAAUUUCUGUUUAAGUUUUUUCCCCCACCCCCCGUCAAUUUGAGAUAUAAUUUGUAAAUUCCACUACACAAUCCAAUCCAAUCCAUAACUGGCCAAAAUUGUUGUGCACCCGACCGCAAGGGACGACGAGUGUAACCAUAGAAACAGCCCAGACCCAAGCAGAGAGUGCGAGAGCAGAGCGGCGAGGGCUUGCGACCGGUGACGAAAUAGAGUCGGCGGCAGCGUUAGAUAGCGUUUUCCACAAGCACACCCACUGCCUACUGACUGUAACUGCUGGCAUUCAGCAGCGAGCCUUCUCGACGAACAGGCGGCCAAUCCAGCAGCAGCAGCAGCAGCAGCCAUAGCCACAUCCCAGAAUCCGAAGCUAAAGCAGAAUCAUAACCAUGUCGGUCGAUCCCAACACACCCGUUCUGCGGAACUGCAUCCGCCUGCCUUUGCCCGAGGACGAGCUGAUCGAGGUGACGGCCAAGGCCAAGGACUAUGCCAUCAUGCACGGUGCGGCGAUGCGUUCCAAGAGCAACUUCAGCGAAGAUUCCCUGAACUUUGCUCCGUUUGUGCUGGUCCCCUCCUCGUUUCCGCGCAAAGAGUUCGAGAAGGCGGUGGCCCUGCAGCCGAUCAUCAACCGUCUGAUGCACAAUGUGGCCCACGAUGAGGAGUUCAUCACCACCACACUGGCGGAGACCAUCAAGGUGGAUGAGUUCACCGCCAAUCUGUUCAACAUCUAUCGCAAAGUGCUGGCCCAUGGCUUCACCCAGCGCACUUCAUUGGGGAUGCUGCGCAGCGACCUAAUGCUUGAGUCCGGAUGCCCGGAGCUCUCGCCCAAGGCGCUGCUAUGGCGAGGAGAGGCUGGCGAGGAUGGUCAAGCGACUGCUGCUGCUGCUGCUGUUGCUGCUGGGACUGGAAGCGGAGGAGGCGUUGGCGUUGGCGUUUGCGGCGGCAAGCCCAGGGCUAAGGCAGAAACGAUGGAGGAGGAGGAGGAAGAGGCGGCGGUCAAGCGGAAUGAGCAGCUGAGUCGAGCAACGGUCUCUGGUGUAAGCACCGCUACCGUGGCAUCCAAGGAUCGCAAGGCGGCGGCCUACUGCUGCUGGAAGCAGGUCGAGAUCAAUACGAUAGCUUCGGGCUUUGGCCAUUUGGGACCAGCAAGUAAAACCGUACAAAGUUUUGUGCUGAGGGAACUGGGACAUGCCGACAAGCUGCCAAAUAUGCCCCAUAACAACGCCCUGGCUGGACUCUGUGACGGAAUGGUCAAGGCCUGGGACAUCUAUGCCAAGCCGCAGUCCGUGAUCUUGUUCAUCAUCGAGGACGUGUCGUACAACAUCUGCGACCAGCGCUUCCACGAGUUUUACAUCCGUGAGACCUAUCCACACAUCAAGGUGCUGCGUCGCACCCUCACCGAUGUCCAUCGCGAGGGCAAACUCGGCCUGAACAAGGAGCUCCUGCUUGGUGGCCUUGAGGUGGCUGUGAUCUACUUCCGUGCCGGCUACGAGCCCGGACACUAUCACUCGCAGGACGAGUGGGAUGCCCGCUACCUGAUGGAGACGUCGCUGGCCAUUAAGUGUCCGUCGAUCCAGUACCAUCUGGCGGGUACGAAGAAGGUGCAGCAGGCGCUGGCCCAGCCGGCGGUGCUGGAGCGCUUCAUCAACGAUCCGGAGGAAAUGAAGGCGGUGGGCAAAAUCUUCACCGGCCUCUACUCGCUGGACGACAACGAGGCAGGCAAUGCCACCUACGAGAUGGCCCUGCGCACACCCGAAAAGUUCGUGCUCAAGCCGCAACGCGAGGGCGGUGGCAAUAAUGUCUAUGGCGUGGACAUUCCAGAUGCCCUCAAGCGUAUGUCGCGCGUCGAGCGCUCGGCCUGGAUUCUUAUGGACCUAAUACAUCCGCCCCUGACCAAGGGAUAUAUGGUGCGUCCCGGUGCCGAGAUGCCGCCCACCAUUGUGGACAUGGUCUCCGAGCUGGGAAUCUUUGGGGUGGUCAUUGGCGAUGCCGAUCAUAUCAUUCACAACUACCAGGCCGGACACAUGCUUCGCACCAAGCUGUCGACGGCCAAUGAGGGCGGCGUGGCCGCUGGCCUGGGUGCUCUCGACAGUCCCUAUCUGAUUGACAGCGAUGACGAGGACGAGAACUAGUUGCAGUCCCCGCCAGUCCACCAAUCGAGCGGCAUUCCACCAGUGGCCUCAUGCGUGCAAAGA